AUGGAAAAGGUCAAAAUGAAUCAUUUGCCGUUGGGAUCUGAUCAAACCAUUGAUUUUAAACGUUAUUAUUUUUAUGGCUUCAUCAUUAAUCUUUUGCCAAUUUAUAUAUUUUAUCCAAUAAGAACCGCAAAAACUAUUCAACAGUCAAACAUUGGUACUGAAUUGUCAACAUCUUUAUUUGAAGUUUUUAAAGAAAGAUUAAAAUCAGAAGGAACACGAGGCUUAUUUAAAGGUGUUAGUGUUUAUGCGAUGGGUAGUAUAGGUGGUAGAUUAGUCCACUUUGCAACCUAUGAUGCUUUAAGAGAACGUGUUGGUAAAGGUAAUGCAAAAAAUAUUGGUCUUUCGUGGCUUGAAGGCCAUAGUCAAACAACGAUCAAUGCUUUCUUGGGAACAUUGAGUGCUGUAAUUACCUCUAGCUUUAUGGUACCAUUUGAUGUUAUAUCACAACAACUUCAAAUUUCUAAGGCGUCAUCGUCUGGAAUAGACACUUUACCAACAUUCGAAAUCGUAUCAAAUACAACGCCCGCAACAACAUCAUCCAUCAAAACAGCAUUAAUUGAGUCAUCUCAAAAAAAUUUCAUUACACGUUUAAAACCUAAUGAUGUACCACUUUAUCGAUUUUUAUAUCGCGGCUGGACUGCAGGACUACUUAACACUGUUUCAUUUUUCCCCACCUAUUUUUUUGUUUACACUUAUACACUGGAACAACUGAGACUACAACAACAAAACAAUCUAUAUUUAAAAAAUAUUUUACCAACAUCGCAUUUUUUACUUUCUGUAACGUCAGGAGUUGCAGCAGGAACUAUGGCAACUUUUACGUCGGCACCUUUUGACGUUGUCAAAACCAAAAUUCAAAUAGCUAGAAAAUCUGGUCAAGGAGACUUGAAAUGGUUAAAUGUUGCGAAUCAAAUAAUCAAAACUGAAGGAAUGAGAGGAUUGUUUGUUGGUAUGUCGGCUAGGUUAUGGAUUGUUAUACCGUUAGGAAGUUUGAAUUUCUGGGUAUUUGAAAAAGUUAAAGAGUGGAGUACCGUAGAUGUUGCUGUUAAUCCGGAUGAAAAAAGUUGA